GUGCAGAGGGCCGUGGUCGUUUUCGAAAAUGCGGUCGGCGUUGCUCGUCGCGGGGGCCACCGCGACGGGGCUCGUUUCUUCCGUUAGCGGCAAUGACAAGAUCGCGAAAGUGGUGACGAUGCUGGAGGACAAAAAAACGGAAGUACAGGGCAACGUGGACGUCAUGAAAACCCAGUGGGCGUCUUUCAAGACAUGGUGCGACAGCACGUUUGCCAACACGCAGGAAGACAUUGACAACUUCUCGACAGAGAUAAAGCGACUGGAUGCUGACAUCGCGGGAAAGGAGCAACUGAUAGUAAAAUCACAAACGGCCAUUGACACGGCCACGACAGAAGCGUUUAAGGACAAGAAGGACGUGGCAGGUAUGAAGAAUUGUGCGGUCCUUCUCUCAUUUUUAAAGAAGGAGAAUAAAAGCUGACAUGCAGUUCUAGCAGUUCAGUUCUAAACAACUUUUUAUACGCAGCUUUUAUUGAUGUCGUUGAUCGUAUCGAUGGAACAUCACAAUGCAUCUAUCACACAAAGCUAUGGAGAAAGUAAGGGAAGCAGAGAAGAGCGCCUUCGUCGCUGCAGAAACUGAGCUCAACGACAGCGUAUGUUCGUGUGAAGACGAUUUUUCUCCUCUCGUUCUCCGUUAUACAUUUAGGGAUCAUCGUCAUGAACAUGAUCCCUUCGUGUGCAGCAUUUACUUGUGGUUUUGCAACCUAAAGAGAUUCGACACCUCACGAGAACUACGUCAAGAAAGAUCCUUUCACACCAAGUGCAUAGACUAUCUACGCGUGCGAGAAAGCCCGCGAAACCCUCCAGGCCACGCCGGACGCCAGUCCCGUCGCGGCAGAGUCGCUGUUGCAGCUGGCCAGCAAAGUUCCCUUCGGCACCACGAAAAGCAGUCACAAGGAGAUGAUCAUGAACCUGUUGGAAAUGGCCCAGGCACCCGCCGCGGGCAUUCCCACGCAGAAGGUGCAACAGCCGCAGGCCACGGAAUACGCCAUCACGCGCAACAAGGGCACCGACAAGGUGAUUUCCCUGUUGGAGGAACUGCAGGACGAGUAUCCAUAAAAAAGAUCCCUUUCCAUCCAAUGUGUCAUGCAGAACGUGCCUAAAGCUAAAACGAAUGGGGAUGGUUUUUUUUCUGUGGAUAACAAGUUCGAAGGCGAGCUGAAGGAACUCCAGUCCGCCGAGACCAAGAACAUCCAAAGUUUUGAGAUGCAAUCAGCCGCGACAAAGGAACACUUGCGGAUCCAGAAGGAGAUCAUCGCCGACGAGACCGCGGUCCGCACAAACAACGAAGCGGAGAAGGGAGAGCUGGAGCAGAGCCUGACUUCGAACAAAAACUCUUUGUCCGAAUCGAAGAAGUACCUCAAGGAAACAAGCCAGGAGUGCACGCAGAAGGCCGCGGACUUCAUUGCGGCGCAAAACAGCAUGCAGGAGGAGAUGACGGCGAUCGACAAGGCCGUGGAGAUCAUGUCCGGCACCGCGGUCAUACGCAUUGCAAACACGUCUGGGACUGGAUUGCGAAAUUUUAAGGACGAUGAGGAAUUGUGAUGCGUGAAUGUGAUUGGGCAGUUUUUUUUUGUCAUGCUGAUGUGAAACUCAGCAAUGAUUCCAAGCAAGAAAUUUGUGAUGCGUAGGUGCUGGACAAAAGAACACUGUGCCAUGCAUGACUCAGCAACACAAACUUGUUGCGUCUCUCCAGACCCAGAUCGAUAUUUGCUUUUCAUAGUUCACUACCGGCGGCAAGAAUCUCGCUUCCGAAGCCUCCGCGCAAGUCUUUCUGCAGCUGGCAACCACGUCGAAGCACUUCAACAACGCUAAGAUUGCGGCGUUUUUGAAAUCUGCGUCCCUGAAGGAGAACAGCCGGCUGCUGAUGCAGCUGGCGGCCAUGUCGCAGGACGGGCCGUUUGACAAGGUGAUAUGACAGUGCACAACUCCCCCUCCCCCUUAUUUGUAUAGCAUGAACGGCAAUACAAGCAUCAUCAAGAGCGCCGGUUCUGCGUGACAAAUUUACACCCGCUGGAGUGUAGUGCGAUUUGGGCUACCAGGACUUGUGAUGCAAACACUGCCAAGGGGAACCGACUGGGCUUGGGAUUUUGCAUGACAAAUGAGGGCAUGUUCGCAGUGCCUUGUGCACCCCUCGGACCCCGCACCCCCCCGGGCUUUAGCUGCGCAGUCUGUUAAGUAUGACAAACGAGGGGUAGGGGGGGCUGUGCACUUCCAUAGGUGAAGGGGUUGAUCGAGAAGGAAAUCAAGAAGCUGCAGGAAGUAUGGAUUGCAAAAAUGUCGGGGUCUGGAAGAUUGCAACUUGUAAUGCUGUCUUUAGAUCCCAAAAAAAUCUGCAUUGCAUGAUCAGCAACAGGACUCCAGUUUGUGUUACGCGGAGAGGGCAUUUUUCAUGCGGAAUAGGCACUAGGAAGGCCUCUAAAAAUCUGUGUUGCUAGAUCAUGCAUUAGAGGCAUCAAUCAUCAUACAAAAUAUGCAUGACAAGUUUACACUUUUCCAGACCCAGACAUUUUUGCACUUGAUAGGAGGAGGUGAUGCAGCGGCAAACGGAGAAGAACUGGUGCGACAAGGAAUAUCCGAGAAGAAAAUGUGUUAGUGUAACUUUCCUUGGCUGACAGCAUCACAAAUUUGCUCUACACAACAGAGACAACCUGUCAUGCGUGGCUUGUAAGGGAAAACCCUCGACGUGAAGAGAGGACUUCAUGGUUGUGCGGCAUGACAGGUGUGCGUCUGUUGCAUGUUCUGCAUUACAGAGUGAGACUUACACAGUUUUUGUCUUGGACAAGGAACAGGCGGCGAACAACCGCAAGAUCGAAAAGUUCACCACGGAGAAAGAGGACCAGACCACCGCCGUGGAGUCGCUCAUAUCAAAGGCAAAUAUGUCUGGGUCCUCUGGAAAGAAUGGGACUUGUGAUGCUAGCUGUCGAUCACACAAAAAUCUGUAUUGCUAUUCUUGCAAGAGAGGCAAAAGACACUCAGAUUGUUGCCCCCCGGAGAGGGCAUUUCUCAUGCAGGAUAGGCCUGAGCAAACGUUUGCGAAAGCUGUGAUGCUAGAGCCUGCCUCACAGGCAUCCAUCGGGAGCCAUGUCUAUUGUCUAUUGUACAAUUUGCAUGACAAACUCCCCAAACCUUCCAGACCCAGACAUAUUUGCAAUGCAUGCCUCACCGUCCGCGGCGAAACGCUGGAGGAAGAGAUCGCGGAGCUGACCAAGUCUAUCAAGGACAAGAAGAACGCCAUGAACGAGGCGACGUCGAUAUUACAGUGAAAAAUGCUUCCACCCCGGAAUUUGAAAAAGUUUGUGUUUGUCAUUGACAAAGUUUCCCAAGUCAAAGUUUUUUGUCUUGCAUGAGGGGAUGAUUCCGGGCCUUUCUGAUGCAGAAUCUAGGUGCGCAAGGGGUCUUUUGCAUCACAGACCCGGCUACUGUUGGGGUCUUAUGCAAUACAAAUCUUUGCUAUUCGCGAUUGCAAACCUGUGAUGCGGAUAGAUGCAAGCGGGUGAGUGUUUCAUUUUGAAAGGUUUGCAAUACAAAUGCUCCCAAGUUCGGGGGUGGGGGCAUUUUUCAGUGUAAUAGUCGAACCGAUUGGCGGAGAAGAAGGAGAACGAACGGAUCAUUUCCGAGUCCCGGGACGCAGAGGAGGCGGUCAAGAACGCCAUCGCGGUUUUGACGGAGUACUACGGCGAGUCCGGCAUCGGCGGCACUGCGCUGGUGCAGGAGGGCCAGAGCCCGAAGCCGGACUUUGCGGGCGGCGAGUACAGUUCCUCCGGGGAGGGCAUUCUGGGCAUGCUCACCACGAUCGAGGCGGACUUUUCGACGACCGCCUCGGAAACGGAGGCGGAGGAGGGCUCCGCGCAGGAGGCAUACGAGAAGUUCAUGAAAGAAAGCAAGGUAGAUGUGUUCGGAAAUUUUUUUUUCACUGCAAGACAAACUUUUCUUUUUGUCCUCACAUGCAUGAUAAACUCAAAUUACAUUACUUUCUGGUCGCAUUGCAGUGCUGGGAAAACUUGUGACUGUAGUUUAUGCUUUUACAAAACGCUGCUCGAUUUUCACUUGCAAUUAGACAUUCAUGCUUACAUCAUUUCACCAAUUGCAGAUCUUCCUCGCCGGCGCUGGCCCGGACCUCGAGAACAGCAAGUCGAAACUCGCCGAGACUAAACAGUCGCUUUUGGACGCACAGGACGCCGCGAAGGCCGCGACCGAGAACUUGGCCGCAGAGACGGAGUACAAGAACAAAACCAUCGAUCCAAAGUGCGUCAAAACCGGCGUUUCCGCGGAAGAGCGACAAGCCAAGCGUGACGCCGAAAUCCAGAGUCUGAAAGAGGCCCUGCAAAUUUUGAGUCAGACGGCGCCUUAGGAGGGUGUGGACAUUUUACUAAAACACGACGCGGUGAAGAUAGUUGUAAUGAAGUCCUCCGGCGUCUGAUUCCAUGUUAUUAUCGCGAAAGUGCAGCUCUAGAGGCUACAACUUUUCGGGUUGCGACGACGAGCGUUUCACAUCGUUUCUGUCCAAUACAAACCAUCGCGUGGUAAAGUACUGCACACCGAAUCUUUUCUAAAUACUUCGCAACUUGGCUUUCGAUAAUCUUUUCUAAAUACUUCGCAACUUUAUAAUCUUUUCUAAAUACUUCGCAACAAAAUUUUAGAACUUUUUUCUUCGCAAUGUGGACACUAAGUACUCAAAUUCAACCCUCGUGUUUGUGUUGGAAAGAACUGGUAGAAGUGGUGCGCGCGCAAUUCGGAAUGGUUGCUUUUCAUUGUAUGAUGCGUCAAACAUUUGGCCUCUCCCUGCGCUAACAUUCGAAAAUUUUACGGGCUGCUUUUUGCGGUAAAAUGUGGAUGAGCGAAGAUGAAAGUUAUAUCAUCUGUGUCAAAGCGAACUGCCCAAGAGAAGAACGCGACAAAGCCUGUUCUCGUGAUGGAUUCCAAGCAGAAUUUCAAUACGCUCUGACACCAUGGUUCUUGGGAUGCCAG